AUGAGCCCGAUCCCCCGUGUCAACAACAUAGCGGACGUCGACUCUUCCAAGUAUUUCAAACAUAAACCCGGCGAUUUCGUGCAUCCAGAUCUUUGGCACACCCACGACGACCUUGAGCGCCCUGCGACGGUCCUCAGCAGAGGCGCAAUUUCAAACUACACCUCGUUUGCGCACGACGCAAGGGCUGCGUGGCAGAACGCCUGGAUGUGGUACAUCUCCAAGGACCAGGCGCACUGGGAUCAGAGCACCACGAUCCUCGAUGCAUGGGGCUCGAACCUUACCAAUAUUAUCGGCACCGACCGCUCACUCUUGAUCGGCCUGGACGAUAUCUUUGCCAACGCGGCUGAGAUCAUGCGGUGGGAGGGAAACUGGACGGAAGCCGGUGCCAAGUGGCAGGGUGGCAAUGGAUUCAGCAUCCAGCUCUACUGGCUCUUCUCGCGCCAGUCCAUCCCUAUCGGGCAGGCGAACUACGACAUGGCGAGCAUCAAAGCCCUGUUGAGUUUCGCCGUAUACCUGGACGACGUACUCUACAACUAUGCAAUGGACGCGUUCAUCCAGGUUAACUGUGCUGGCUUGUUCGCAACCUACGACUCGUCGACGGGCCAAUCUAUCGAGGCUGGCCGGGAUCAAAGCCAUACUAUGUCUGGACUCAUGGCUGGGCUGCAUAUGCAGCUCGCACUUGGGGAAAAUCUCCUCCUGAAGGGGGCCGAGUAUGCGGCCAGGUAUAAUCUCAAUGAGACUGUCGAGUACGAUCCCAAGUGGUACAGAUGCGAGGCUGUCCUUGUGAACAGACCCUGGGAUACAAUCUCUGAGUCCAAGCGCGGCGUUACCAAUCAGAAUCCUACCUGGGAUAUAUUCUACUACCAAUAUGUGGUCAAGCGAAAACUCAAGGCGCGUUGGAUAACAAAAGCCAAGAAUGCAGAAAGAUUUGGAAGGUCCAAAUAUAACGGUUUGAGCUUGAGCAUAGACAACGAUAUGUCUGCCAUAAAAUUGUUAUCUAUGUCAACGGCAAGCAAUGACCAGUCCCCAGCAGAACAAUUCCUGCGCACUAACUCUCCACGCCGAGACUACUCUGAGUACUACUGA